AUGGACAGAAUCAGUGCGUUACCAGAUGAGUUGCUGCUUAAGAUAUUAUCGUUUCUUACAACAAGAGAGGCAGUCUACACUUCUUCCACGUUGUCGAAACGAUGGGAGUGUGUUUGGAAGUAUUUGCCAAGACUUGAUUUCGCUUGUCAUCUUUCUCACCGCCCAGCCUUAACGGGUUUUCUGAACCGGAGUCUGCCACUACAUAAAGCUCCGGUUAUCGAAAGCUUUCGUCUCUACAUAGAAGAACUUCCACAUAUGAAAUAUGAAGAUGUCAGAAUGUGGUUUGUAGUUGUAGUUUCUCGCUCCUUACGUGAGCUUGACAUUUCUUAUCAUGCUUGUCCGAGACAAGACAUAUUACCGAGUAGCUUGUAUGCUUGCAAAUCUCUCGUGGUCUUGAAACUCCGAGGCCAUAUUCUCUUGGAUGUUCCUCCUCGUAUGGUUUGUCUUCCUUCUCUCAAAACUUUGACGCUUAAAAAGGUGUUUGGCUUAAAGGGAGAAUCUCUUGGACGGCUUCUAUCAAUUUGCCCUCUUCUUGAAAAUCUAUUGGUGCAUUUUUGUAGAGGUCGUGACUACGAUGUUAUCAAUGUGGGAAACGUCAUUGUCAGAAUCGGGUCUUUGCAGAGGUUAACACUUUUAAUGGAUUAUUAUUGUCAGCUAGAUAGGUUAGAGAUUGAUACUCCCUCUUUGAAGUAUCUGAAACUUCGGGAUCCUAAUGGGCGACAAUGA